AUGUCAUUUGCUAAACUACUGCCGAAAGCAAACAACAAAGGAUUGGGUUCUGGCCGUAGAUCAGAGAAUAAGAACAAUAACAAACAUCCAAUUCAAUUAAUAUUAGAUAUCGAAACCCCACCAUGUGUUUUAUUUGGUAGUACUACGAGUUCGACAGGUGCACUGUUGGGUGGUCUAUUGACUUUGAUAGUAAACGAUGAUCACAAACAAAAGAGUAAUGUUAAAAAUAACUCGCCUCCAAUUAGCAGUGAUAUUAAGUUGAAUGGAAAAUACAAUGGAAGUAAUAAUGAUAGAUCAUCUUCACCUACAAAGGCUGCAAAAAAGAAAGGUUCCAUUGUUAAUAGAUUAACAUUUUCAAGAAGUAAUUCACCAGUACCUUCGAAUACUGAAAAUAAACCGCAAGAUAAAACAACAACUUCGAAUUAUGAAAGUAUAACUAUAAAAUCUGUUGAAUUACAAUUUAUUCAAAAUAUCCAUUAUGAAAAACCUUUUGUACAAGGCCCUACAGCAAUUCAAACAUGUAAAGAUUGUUCAAAUAAGACUGUCGUUUUGAAAAAAUGGGACAUCGAGAAUAAAGAAACAACAAUGAAUGCUGGUUCUCAUGCUUUUCCAUUUUCAUAUUUAAUUCCUGGUGAUACACCAGCGACGGCGUCAUUGGGAUCUAAGUCUAAUACUACAAUAAAAUAUGAACUUGUUGCUAAUGUUAGAUACAUAAAUGCAAAUCAUGAUUCGAAAACUUCAUUAAACUUAUCAAAUAUUAGUCUAAGUUUACCCGUAAUGUUAACUAGGAGUUUAACAAAAGGCCCUGAUCGAAACUCAUUGAGAGUAUUUCCACCUACAAAACUCACAGCUUCAGCUGUUCUUCCAAAUGUUAUAUAUCCAAAAUCCACAUUCCCUCUUGAAAUGAAAUUUGAAGGAAUAUCAACUUCAACAAAUAGAUGGAGAAUGAGAAAAUUAUCAUGGAGAAUUGAAGAAACUACUAAAAUAAGAAAUAACGUCUGUAAACAUCAUGUUACAGAAAUGAAGAAGGUGGAAAAGGAAAUUAAAAUAAAAGAGAUUGAAAGGGCAAAAAGACAAAAUAACCCUAUAAAAAGAUAUGGUGAACCAACUCCUGUAGUAACAGUUUCGAUUGGUAAAAAUUCAGCAACCAAAGAAAUUAAGGAACAGUUCCCUCAAAGAAUUGCUGCCAAUGAACCUUCAUCAACAGUUGUAGACAAUGCUGACCAAGAUGAAGAAAAUGAAACUCCUGAUACUUUCAUACAUCCUAGUGAUGAUGCUUUGAGACAAGAGGUUCAGAUGCAAAGACAACGUGUGAAAGAAGAACAAGAGAAACAAGAGAAACAAAAUGAAUCAUCUAUCUUCACAGAAGAGGUUAGAAUAAUCAGUGAAAGUAACAUAAAAAGUGGAUGGAAAACAGAUUUUGAUAAUGAAGGUAAAAUUGAAAUAGUUACUGAUAUAGAUUGUACCGCAUUAAAUUCUGGUGUUUCGAAUCCAUUAACUCAUGCCUCGACAUUAAACCCAUUGCAUAGCAAUAAAAAGAAUACAACAAAUGUUUCAUGUACUAUUCAAGCUCCUCAAUUAGGUAUAUAUGUCAGCCAUAUUUUAGCUGUUGAAAUUGUCGUAGCAGAAGAAGGUUUACAAUACGCAAAUGGUACACCUCUAAGCAAAAGCAAUUCUCCAUUGGUUGAUAAGUCCAUUACUGAUAGUGAUCAAAGGUUAGCAGAAUUAUCACCAAUGCUAGCGAAUAGAAAUUCGGGUAGACGUAAGCCAAUAUCUGAACCAUUGUCUAAAAUCAAUUCGAGAUCAAGUGCAUUUUCUAGUGAAGAAUCAAAAGCCCUAUAUAAUAAUAGAAUUAUAGGUGUUCCAACUGGGGCUGCAAGGGUACUUAGAAUGCAAUUUAGAUUAAAUUUAACGGAGAGAUCUGGUUUAGGUAUUUCAUGGGAUGAAGAAGUUCCACCUAUUUAUCAAAAUAUCAAUUUUAUAUCACCACCUAGUUAUGACCGUCUUACUGAAAAUUCAUCUGACAUGGCUCCUGUAUAUAUUGAAAAUGAUGGCUAUCCUGCUAGAGGAGAUGAAGUUGAAUUGGCUAGGGAAUUAGUUGUUACGCCAUCAACCAAUCUAGACGAGACACCGGUACAAAAAUCAGAAACUCCCAAAUCAUUAAGUUCUAAUGAACUUCAAAUGCCCGAAUUGGAUUCUGUAAUAAGCAUAGAAGGAAGUGUACCUAAUUUUAAUAAUCCAUUAACGCCAAGAGUCACCAGAGAUAUACGACUGGCAAAUGUGUCAGAAUUAGUUGAUACAGAUCGUAUUACUCAGUAA